GUUAAAAUAUAUUAAAGAUAUUCUGAUAUAACAGAAAGAAAUAAACUUAUCUCUCUUUUUCUGCUUUUUCAUUUUAUCUGUAUCUCUUUAUAUUGCGAUUUGUAGAUCCUGCAAGAUAGAAUAUGCGCAUAAAACUUUCAUGCUUGUAAACUUUGAGACUCCCGAGCAAUGGCGGAGAAGGUUACGAUAAUGAAGUUGACGGUCGAUCUUGCAUGUUCCAAAUGCUACAAAAAGGCCAAGAAAGCUCUCCGCAAAUUCCCUCAAAUAAGAGAUGAACUGUACGAUGAGAAGACUAACACAAUCAUCAUCAAGGUGGUUUGUUACGAUCCUGAGAAGCUUAUGAACAAACUUUGCUACAAAGGAGACGGUUCUAUUAAGUCCAUCGUGAUCCUCGAACCACCCAAGCCGCCCCCAGCCCAGGGUCAACCUUCUGAGAAGCCGAAAGAGCCAGAGAAGGUCCCAGCUCCAGCUCCAGCUCCAGUUCCGGUUCAGGUCCCAGCUCCUACGCCAACUCCGGCUCAGGCUCCAAUUACUCCAAAUCAGGCAUGUCAUUUUGGGCCCUACUACGAAGCCCAACAAUACGGGUAUAUCAGGAGGCCCGUUUACGAUAACUGGGGAGGUGGGCCACACCCACAUUGUUGCCACGAAGUCGCAUACCAACAAAGCUGCUCCAUAUUGUGAAUGUGAGACACUGAGCUCAGUCUCAUAAACCUACGACCAUAUAUAGUAUAUAGUAUAUAGUAUAUAGUAUAUAGUAUAUAGUAUAUA